AUGUCAUCAACGCCUGAACCGGGAACUCCUUCCAAGAAGAAGCGUUCUAAGAAGAAAAGGCAAGCUUCCACACCUCAAGUCACCUCAGAGGAUCGUCAGGAAGAAGCUACUCCUCAACCUCUGAGAGAUCUCUCAGAGGAUCUUGAAGAAACCCUCCAACAGCCUGCGACAAGGGCUGGCUCUCGAGCAAGCACCAACCCUCCGCAAGUGCGAAAUCCUCCGCUAGGCACAAUGCCAGCACGAAACCAAGCCAACCAGGUCACCAUCGGUGGUGUGACCAUCACGACACAGGCGAGCCCGGCAACUGAUGUGGGUGGCUUGCUUGUUGCAAUGAAGAAACAGAACAGAACAGCGUUGGAUGCGGAUAAGAAGCGUGCCUUCUUUCAACUCAUCACCAAGCAUCAACAUACCUCAUUUGAUCUCCAACCGCAGACCAUGCAAAGUGUUCAAGAUCUUCAAGAAAGCUAUGAUCUUGGCGUCGGCCUGGCCAACAUGCAGAUGCAUUUCAAGCGCUAUGACGUCCUAGACGUUUUUACGAUUGUAUUUCCUACCAAAAAUGCAAUCGGUGAACAAACGGGCCAGUGGCAGAAAGCUGCAAGUGGUAUACAAGGUGGCCCGACGCAACCUUGGUUCCACGAGAAUUUGAGCUUGUCCUAUGAGUACUUGUGUAACCACAUGACACCACAAUUGUGGGGCAAAGUUCUUGAAGACCUACUUCCUUAUCUGGAUACCCAAGGUAUGGGCGGUCCCUUGGUCUUCUUCUUCAUGAUGAAACGCCUCCAGGUCAACUCUCAGCUAGUUGUGGAGACGAUUCAAGGCCAGCUCAAGACCCUUCGCAUUGAUCAAUAUGCAGGAGAAAGUGUGGACGAUUUGGUUAGUCACAUUAAGGUUAUGUUGACUCGACUCAAGUCACUUGAAAAACGUAUCGACGGGAGAGUGGUCUCCUCGAACGUUCCUCAUGACAUUGGCAAAACUCUCAUCUCGUUGUUUCAGACAUCAAGUGAUCCCAAGUUCAAUGAGGUUUUCCACAACAAAGAGAUCAACGCUUACGAGCAGGCACUUACUCAAGGCGAUGCUGCUUACAGAUCCCCUGAUAUGAUUCUAGAUCUUGUGACAAGCAUCUAUCAGAAUCGUAUGGCUUCUAAAGAGGGAUGGACUGGACAAUUUCACAAGGUCAACGAAACUGCAUUUUCUGCUCAGAAGACAGUGGGACCUUGCUUCAACUGCGGUGGCAAGCAUUCUGUCACAGCUUGUCCGGAUCCCAUGAAUAAAGAGCGCGUCGCUCAGAACAAGCGGAAAUUCUUUGACGAGAAAAAGGCGCAUAGGAAUCCUGGUGAGUUAAUGUGCCCGUUAUUGAACGUGUUGGAAUUGCUCUCUUGGAGACCUCCUUGA